AUGGACGACCACCAUUACCACCAUGACAAUUCAUCAGAGUGGCUUUUCGGCCCGUGUAACUACAAUGCCGACUACAACUCGAGACGCAUUGGCCUCUUCCUCGUCCACCUGUUCCUCUUCGUCGGCGGGCUGGUGGUGAACGCCGUGGUGGUGUGGGUGAACUGGCGCCGGAGACACUCUCGCAACACCGUGAUAUUCUGCCUGCUCAACAUGGGCGUGUCCGACCUGAUGAUACUGACCAUGGUUCCCUUCUAUAUGCUGGACACCAUCCUAGACCAUGUGUGGUUAUGGGGUGAGUUCCUAUGUCGUUUCAGCAACUUGAUCUUUGUGCUGAACAUCUACAGCAGCUCCUUCUUUCUCGUCUACAUGACGGUGGAACGCUAUUUGACAGUCAGAAGGGGCUCGGCACCCAAACCCUGGGGGGUGUCCGAAAAGCGUAAACGGACUCUGAUCUGCGCCGGGCUGUGGACUCUCUCACUGUUCCUUUCAUUACUGGAGACGGUUCAUGUGCAAGUACUUGACUGGGAAGAACCUGGCUGCUAUAUUGUUCCUCUGUACGAUUACGUGGGGUGGUACACGUCCCUCUCUGUGAUCUUCCUCCUCUUUCAGUUUCUCGGCCCGGCAGCCAUCAUAGUGACCUUCAACAUCCUGACCGCCCGGGCUGUGCAGGCGUCGCCGGAGGUUCAAGGCGGUAGCAGUAAGAAUGUAUGGUUGCUCCAUGUGUACUCUUUGGUGUAUAUAAUAUGCUGGUUACCCAUCAAUGUGAACCUGCUGCUGAUGGUAGUGGACUUCCUGGAACCGACGCUGUUUGACUGUGACACUACCGAGCACCUGAUCUUUGGUUACGCUGUGUUGCAGGCUGUUUCCUUGCUCCAUUCCAUAGCCAACCCCAUUCUGUACAGCCUCCUCAGCAGGAGUUUCCGCAGCCAUCUGAUCAGGGCCAUCGUCCAGCACUUGCCAAAAGAAGCCCUCGCCACAAAAGGGACACUCAAUCAUGGGAAUAGUGCCGCCCAAGGUGAAGGUGCAACAAACGGAGGUAAGGCAAGGGAAAUGAGCGAAUCCAGCACUAGCCACUCAGAUGUGGACUCCUGA